GGUAAAUAAAAAGAUAAUUGGGCGUGAGAAAAAAUUAUGUUCCCAGCGGCAAACGCUCAAGGUAGGGACGAAAGUCACGAUGCGAGGGGGAGGGGAGGGAAAGGGGGGGGCAUACAGCCGCAAAAGUGCAGAUCAAAUGACUCAAUGACAGGAGGAACAUUCAACAAGUGAAAGUCGAGAACAACAGAAUUCGCACGUGAGCAGAGAGAACAAAUCAGAUAUAACGGUGAAGGGGAAGAAAAAGUCAAAUUAUGGUGUAUCAAAAAGAGCAAAAGGAGGAAAUGUGAAAUGUAUGGGAGAGAUAGAGGAGAGAAACAUGAUGGCAACAUCUAAUGUUCAGGAUGAUAUGUUAUCAGAAGAAGAGAUCAAACAAUUGUAUCGUCGUUCUCUGUUGAGCUUAUCAGUUGACGUCUGGGGACUUUUACCUCUUCAGCCAAUUCCAAGUGCAUUCGGAGCGUGUAUGCGUGAAAAUGUCGGGAACAGGUCAGAUGGUUCACAACAAGCCUGUGAACAUGUCCACGCUCUAAGGGUCAAUGACGAGCAUACAAUGACUGCGGAGAACCAAGUGUCAUGCAACAUGGAGUAUCACCCAGAGCAUACAACUCAGAAGUUGAGGAUGUCAUCAAGCGUCUCAUUGAAUGAUAUACCAGAGAAGGUGGAAGAUCAUAUGAAUGACAAUGGGAAGGUGUCGAAAAUGGUGGAUGAUAAUUAUCUUCAAACGGAAGCAGAGAUGGUGACCGUCGACAUGACAAAUGAUGAGAAGAUGAUAAAUGAUAUUGAAAGAAGGGUGCAAAACGAGACAAGUGGAGAAAUGAACCUGGGAAGUACGAGUCUUGCAACGAGUGAUGGUGAGAAGUUUGAAGGCGAAAAUGUGCAAGACACUGAUUCCGAUAUGAAGAUGAUGAAACGAUUGCUUCGCUGUAUGACGAAGACUUUUUGUUUGACACGUGCAGGAGACGUGGAAAUGUACCCGUCGCCAUCUGCUUUCGUUGAUGUAUUCUUGGAAUUCGUUGGGACGCUUCGUGCAGACGUUCGACGUGCAGUUGAUCGAUUGGUUAAAUCGAAAGGAAUUGCGACAAUUACUGGUAUGGGUUCGAGGGAGUUGACGAACGUCAGAGGCGAGAUUGCUUAUAACAUUGUUCGAGGGUUUUGGAGUGGUCUGGGACUUCCGUAUCCGUGUGGUAGUUCAGUAGACCACCUAAAGAUGAAACGGGACGAGAUGAGGAAGAAAAUGAUGGAAGACUCUUCUUGGAGAGUGAGAGGUAGUGAGCCAUGGGGUGCAGAAAAGUUCAAGAACGUAAUUGACGAGGUACUGUACAGAGACUACAAGGAACUGAAGCGAAGAGGUUACACACUUCAACAACUGGCUUUUGCUCACAUGGUGCUUGAUUGCGAUAUGAACAACAAGAGUCGUCCUGCACGAACUGCUCAAGCUACACAAGAGAUGAGGCGGAUCGAAGAGGUUAUCAUCACGACACACAAAACGAGAGUCGGCAAGCUUUUUGUCAAUGUGAUUCCUUUAGACAGAGAGAAGCAAGUCGUAGAGAUCGCGAGAAGAAUUUCGGAAAGACAAGACGUUUUGGGACGUAAAGGAAAAAAUGAAGUGUUGAGAAUGAAAGAUGAUCACAAGUUUUUAAGUAUAGUUGACACCAACGAUGUUCUAAAUGUCGAUGUCGAUGAUAUGCAUAACAAGUCUGGUGGCGAUGACGCACAAGCAGGACAAAACACCAUUCAUUUGCAAGAUCACGAUACUCGUGAUGAUGAUAUCUCUCUUGCCGCUCAGUCUCCCACAAGCAAGACAGCGGACAAAGGUCGUGAGUAGGUAGAGUGUUAAGUUAUUGCGCAUAGGAAUU